UAUAGUAUGCUGAACUCACUGCGUCGUAGCUUUCCUCCAACAAUACGACAGCUGCUCUCGGCUACAUCGAACCGGUCAAUUUCUCAGACAGAGAUCUGUGGUUGGAUAAAAUCUGUUCGACGGCAGAAGAAUGUAUCCUUCGCUGUUGUCAGCGAUGGGAGCUCAAGUAAAGGACUGCAGGCGGUUUUCAGGAAGGAUGUCGUACCUGAGGGAUUAAGUAAUGGAUGUAGUGUGAAACUGCGUGGAACGCUCGUUGAAAGUCCUGGUGCAGGUCAAGACAGAGAGUUUCGUGUAGAAACCGCGAAAAUCGUCGGAAAGUGUGAUCCGGAUGCUUAUCCUAUACAAAAGCAAACGCUCUCUGUGGACUAUUUACGUGACCAAUGCCAUUUACGUGCACGAACAGACAAGAUUGGUGAAAUGCUACGAGUUCGAGACUGCCUAACACGGUCGACGCAUUCUUAUUUUGAAAAAGAAGGCUUCAUGCAUGUUCACACGCCUAUCAUAACGUCCAGCGAUUGUGAAGGUGCUGGUGAAACGUUUCUCGUUUCCGCCCCUACAACAUCCUCGUCAGAACACACUACAGGAACGGAUGAGAUAGAGUCAAAGCACUUCUUCAAAAAAGAGGCUUAUUUGACGGUCUCUUCGCAACUUCACUUAGAAGCUCUUGCUCACGCACGAUCUCGCGUAUACACACUUUCACCGACCUUCCGUGCAGAACGCUCGCAGACGAACCGACAUCUCGCAGAGUUCUGGAUGCUAGAGGCAGAAUGGGCCUUCGUUGUGAAAGUUGCGGAACUGUGUGCUGUCGUAGAAGACAUGGUUAAGUACGCUGUUCGCGCGGUCGUUGCCGAAGAGAGAUAUGAGGAUCCUGCACUCGAGUCUCGUGUACUAGACACUUUCGCAUUGGACAAGCGAUGGACUCACAUGACUUACUCGGACGCUAUCGAGAAAUUGCAUGUUGCUUAUGCUGCUGAUCCGCCGCUCUUCGUAUUUCCCCCAGAAUGGUGUAACGGUCUGCAAAGUGAACACGAGAAAUGGCUGGCAGAGAAGGCUGGCUCUCCUGUCUUCGUCACAGAUUAUCCUGCCUCGUUGAAACCGUCCUAUAUGCGCAUGAAUGAUGACGGGAGGACGGUGGCUUGUUUUGAUUUGCUUGUUCCCGGAAUUGGCGAGCUUGUGGGAGGGUCAUUACGAGAGGAACGGCUGGACUUUUUGGAUGCGGCGUUGCAGUGUCACGGUCUGCUUGAAAAAGAGGAAUACGGAUGGUAUAGGGAAUUACGCAAGUACGGAGGCGCUCCACAUGGUGGAUUUGGACUCGGUUUCGAGAGGCUUGUUAGUGCCGUAUCGGGUAUACCAAAUGUUCGGGAAUGUAUUGCAAUGCCUCGUUGGGCAACUAGGAUGCUGUUAUAG